GGUGCUGCGGGCUGUUGACACCUUGUCCCCCCAGACUCGUGGACCCCCGGGUGGACCUGGUCCGUGCCCCGUGGUCSCCGUGGACCCCCACGCCGUGGCUGCUGCCGCUGCUGGUGGAUCUGUCGCCGUGGCGCCAGCGGCUGCAGGAGCUGGAGGCGCAGCUGGACGCACACACGGACACCGUGUUCAUCGCCGACUUCCCCGGCCUGCACCUGGAGAACUUUGUGAGCGAGGACCUGGGGAACACGAGCCUGCGGGUGCUGCAGGGGCAGGUGCUGGUGGAGCUGGUGGAGCAGCAGCAGAACCACUCGCUGCAGGAGGGUGAAGGGAUGCAGCUGCCAGCAGGGCAGUACCACAAGGUGCACACGGUGUCUGCGAAACCCUCGUGCUACAUGUACCUGUACGUGAACACCACAGCGCUGGAGCUGGAGCGGAACCUGACGCGGCUGCGGGAACUGCGGGAGCGCGUGCGCAACGGCWCCGAACAGUCCCCGCUGCCCCCCGAGCUGCGGCCCAUCCUGGGGGAGCCCCCACCCGCGGGGGUCCCGCUGGACCCGGUGGUGUCGCUGUUCCUGCGGCGGGAGCAGCGGGAGCAGCGGCGGGAACGGGAAUCCAGCCUGGCCCAGCGCCUCCGCCGCUUCUUCCGCAGGAARUUCUUCCUCUUCCGUCGCAGUGCCCUGAUGACGCUCAUCGCACUGCGGAACCUGGCACUGGGCCGCCCGUCCCCAGAGCGCCUGGCACAGGAGGUGGCCUUCGCCAGCUGGCGUGGGGAGGAGGAGGAGGCUCGGCCCGAGACUGGUGGGGGUGCCCACAGGGGCCCCGAGCUCUGAAAGCCCCAAAUAAAUGCUGUUUUUUUAUGCCAAAAAUCCUCCCGUGUGUCAGUCUCCCCCUGUACCCCAGUUUCUCCCAGUAACUGGCCAUCCUUGCCCUGUGUGCUCCCAGGCUGUGUACCCAUUUCCCUCCAUCCCCAGCUCCUC